CAUUUCCGAAGUCGAAGAACAGGGUUCGCUUGGUUUACCGCCUGGAGUCUCCCUGUUUGAACACAGUCGAGCGGGCGUUGUUGUGCACUCUCGCGCCACCGAAGAUCCUCACCCCCGAAAUCCGUCCGUAGAAGCUGACAUGACAGCACUUACCUCGAGCGGACCGCACAUUGAGAAAGUUUCAUUCCGCAGCUCUGAGCAGGCGAAGUGAGCGAGGGGGGACGUUUGGAGACUCCGAGUCUGCCGGAGAGUGUGAGGGGAGCGGAGCUAACGCGGCACACCAAAAUGGCAACCCCCUAUGUGACAGAUGAAUCUGGUAAGGCUAAUGCAUGUGGCAGACUUUUGUCUAAACCGAACUAUAAUCCUCCUCAUUCACCCAGAGCAGCUGCAUUUGAGAGCAAAUAUUGAAUUAAACUCCCAGAAUCUGAUUGUGAACUAAAUUAGUCCCACUUUUAUUCAAAUGUUUGGCUCUGGGGCUCGCUUGUUGAUGCUAAUUUAAGCUAGGACAGGCUGCACAGUUGCUCAGCUGUUAUGUGAUCGGCAAAAAUGUGAAAAUAAUGAGCUACAUGUACAACUGUCACAAUUACACUAACGUGUUUUUAAUGUAACACUGGGGUGUGCAUUGUGUUAAAAGCCUCAUUUGGAUUAUAUUUGAUACAUAGCUGGACAGCUGCUAUACUGGCUGACGAGUUAUCUGCUGGAGGAGUCUUACCCAAUAAUCACAAUUACAACAUAAACGCCAAAAACAUGGUGAAAUGAGUCUAAAACUGCGAUUUCAAGUUACCACUUUGUUAUUUUGUCACAAACUAUGAAAAAAAAUGUUGUGUGCCAGUCAUGUAAAUCACAAUGAUAGUAAUUUCAGUCAACACAACAUUCAGGUUACAGUCAAAUAAUUUUACUGAUUGCAUUGUUCAUUAUUCAUUAUAUUUUUGCAUCAUAUUAAACUUUAUUCAUCAUUAGUGUCUUUUAACUGUUCCUACGUUUCUAAUCUUUUAAAGGAGAUAUUUGCCAACAGAUAAUAUUAUAAUGUUCUGAAAGACUGACAAUCUGCACUUAUGUUCUUGUGAUGACAUCUAGUUUUGGACAUUUAAUAAAAUAGGCAGUAAGAAAAAUAUCUGUGUCUUAUUUCUUUACACUGAGGGUGGGGAAUCUCUAAUUGUGAUACAUAUAUGAUCAUUCAUAUAAUAUUUAACUCUAGAAAAACACAUUUGUAAGAGUUUGUCAGAAUUAUAACCUGAGGAAGCUUUUGAUUUCUUCUUUUCUUUAUAUUAAAUGGAGGCACAUACCAGUGGAGUAAAACCUCUUUCUUUUUGUUUCAGUCAGUCUUUAAAGAACUCAUCAUGCACACUGACAUCUGCUGGUGUACAAGUGUUUAAGCAGUCAUUUAAGAGCGAGACCUCAAUCAGGUGGUUUAAACUGAAGGUCACUGUCUGCUUUUGUUUUUGAAGGAGCAUAUUAUUGAGAUGCAGGUCUGUUUUGUAGUGAUAUUCGUUAAAGUCACUUACUUUGAGGUAGACAGGCUCUCACCCUGAUUAAUAAUUUCUGUUACUGUAAUGUGCCAUAUUCCACUUACUUGUCUGCCUUUUUACUGAACUUAAAUUUCACAAUAAUAUCUAAUUGAGUCAUAAAAUUUGUCAAAUUCAGUGAAAUAAUCUCUCAAGCAGCAUGAAGUUUGAAGCUUAGGACAGCAGACGACACACCCUGUUAAUGAAAAUGUCUUCAUUGCAGUGUACCUGGUGUUAUCACUCUAUUAAUGUUGCUGAGGAAAAAAAACAGCAGUAUAUUUCCCUUAGUCUAAGGCAGACCUCAGGAGACAGAGGGGAUUUAAGGGUCCGCUGACUCAGAGUUUACAGGAUUACUCAUGCAGUGAAUUAUCAGCACUUCUCUAAAAUUGCACCUGUUGCUCUUCAGGGAAAUACAUCGCUGCCACUCAGCGGCCUGAUGGAACAUGGAGGAAGCCACGGCGAGUGAAAGAUGGUUAUGUCCCCCAAGAAGAAGUACCAGUGUAAGUGUGAUUAAUACAUCCUUACAGGACUUUCGAUUUAGAGUUAUUAUAGGAUAACUGUAUCUGAUUCUUUCAAACGGUAAAUCUGUUCGCAUACAACUGGAAAGUGGUGUAUUCCUCUCAUUUUGGAUUUGUCUCUUGUUUUGUUUUUUCCUGUUUCAGCUAUGAAAACAAGUACGUAAAGUUUUUUAAAAGCAAACCAGACCUGCCUCCUGGGAUGAGCCCAUCUGAGGCAGCUCCACCAAAGCAGCAGCAGAAGAUCCCGGGCUGCGUAGACAGUGAGACUGCCAAUCUCUCAAAGUCAGCCAAACGCAACAUGAAACGUAAAGAAAAGCGAAAACAGCAGCAGCAGGGCCAGGACGGAGACGCAGAUGUGGAAUCAGUGAGUGAUGCCAUUGGUAAUGUGGCCAUCUCAGAGGGCGGGGAGUCUUCAAACAAGCCGGCAGAAGCUGCACCAGUAUCUGUCCCCUCUAACGAUGAGUCCUCAGCAGCAUCAGCAGCGGCUGAAAAAUCCAAGAAGAUCAAAAACCUGAAAAAGAAGCUGCGACAAGUUGAGGAGCUGCAGCAGAAAGUGAACUCAGGGGAAAUUAAAGAGCCGACAAAGGAUCAGCUGGAAAAGCUGGGCCGAGCGCUGGCCUUAAAGGAAGAGCUACAGCAGCUCGAGAGCGAGUCCUGAAGCAAUAAAGUCAAACCAGAAGAUUCAGACAGACUAAACGCACGGAGGCAGGGAAGGGACCUUUGUAGCUUUGUAAAAAUAGCUUUCAUUACACAUACUCUACCUAUUUGAUAUUCAUGCUGAGCUCUGGACCAGAACCGAGCCCAAAGUUUUAUCCACACAGUGAUGGGGCGUCUUCGUAGCAGGCAGCACCAAUCAAGAACUGACUGGCCUGUUUUCUAGACUCAGAUUAUUAGGACUCGUACCCUUAUUCUGACCGGGCCAUCCAUUUAUAAAUAACUUUGUGAUUGUUUUGUGCGUGUCUGUCCUCUCCAUUUUGUAUCUUUCAUGAUCAUCAUCAGGUAUUACUGACACAUAAAGUUGUUUAAGAGAAUAUUGUUUGUUUCCUCCGAGUAUUAACACUUUAAUAAUGUUUGGAUGGACUGUUGUAGCCGCACUGAUGUUGAGGAACUGUCAAUACAGUCAAUACAUUUAUUAAAAAUACAUGCUGCGUAAAAUAAUCAUGUCAUGUUACUUACUGGAGUUUCCUGGACGGGGGUCAUCUUUUUAUGAGGCAGGGUGUAAAAACUUUUAAAAGCAGUGAUAUGUAGGUGCGAUUGGACAUUUUUGAAGCAAGUUUUAAACUUACAGUAUAAAACUGGAGUAAGAGGGCUAAAGAAACAGCUGAACAGGCAAGGAUGAAUACAAGUCUAUUCUUUAGUUGAGCUCUGUUGUUGUCUAUAAACUCCUUGAAUAGUUUGUUGAGCUGGCCAGAGGAUGUCCUGUACUUUAAUGAACAUGAACAAAGUUUAUAUUAACUUGAUCUGAAAUAAAACUCCUGGAUUUUUAAACGA